AUGACUCAGCACCCCUGCGUUGUACAUGGCGGUAGAGCACGGGAAAUCUGGCAUCGGCUUGGCAUCUACGUCCUUAAAUCCAUCUGCCUGUGGCUCUUCAUCAAGGUUUUGGCAGACGAAGGCCCACCAACAACUAGGAAGCAGCUCGUUACCGCCAUUCAUGUUUGGCGUUCUGUGGCAAAGGCCUCGAAUGACGAAUGGCUAGCUUUCGAUACAACAUUUGAAGAUCUUGACGCUUUCCGGGCACGUCUAUCCUUUAGUCCGGGUGUCAGCAGCGUAUUCUCUACCAUUCGUGCCUCGAUCGAUCUCAAUCACUGGGACGUGUUUAAAUCGUGA